CUCCGAUCUAAAGAGUUCGUUGCACGACCUUUUCUUAAUUGGACAUACAAGUCUAAUUACAGCAACUUCCCCGUAGUUUUUGAGAAUUGCCCUUUACUCCCUGACAUUUAAGGAUACUAAAAUCUGUAAAAUUUUUCCUUUAUUUAAAAAUUUCUUCCAAAUGAAACUUUCAAUCUUUGCAUUCCACAUAAUCUAAAUAUUAUUUGUUUAUAGAAUGUAGAGUUGUUUGGUUGAAGAGGUACUAUAUUUUAGAGUUUAUUGUACUGUAUUUUUUUUUAAGUAUUGCGUUUGGGAUGCUCUAAUUGACUCAUCAAGGGGCCUAAUUUCGGGUUUCGAUAAAUUCAUAAAAGCGAUCCUUGUAAUUUCUAUGAUCUUCGGGCUAUGGAGGCAAGUCUUUCAAUACACCAUACUUGCCGCAGCUUGAUCACCCUCAAUAACCAUCAACAAUCUUCCCGCCAUAGGCACCGGCAACGGCCCAGCCACCGUCUUCCCUUUGUUCUUGCUGUUCUGAGCCAGGAACCACCCAGGCUAAUAGAACCAUCAACUUCCGGCUCGAAGAGUGUGUACCAUGAUAACUGGUACGACCGGAUCGCCAUCAAUCACCUCUCUCAAAAUUUCCAAACUAUAGCAGGUACGAUUAGUAAAAGGAAUGGGUAUGAUGGAUUGGUGGAGGCGGCCGGAGCCGUAUAUCGGAAGUUUACUCCGACGGAGCAAGGAAACGUCGUUAUUCAAACUCUAGAGAAGGCCUUCCCUCGCCCUAUACUUUCUUUGAUAAAGCUGCUUCUCCCACAAUCUCAAUUUGCAAGAGAAUAUUUUGCUUUGUUCACUACCGUGUUCUUUGCUUGGUUAAUAGGCCCCUGUGAGGUGAAAGAGUCAGAGUUUGAGGGCAGACAAGAGAAGAAUGUCGUUCACAUUAAGAAAUGCAGGUUCUUAGAGGGGACAAAUUGUGUAGGAAUGUGCACUAAUCUUUGCAAAAUGCCAUCCCAAGUGUUCAUUAAAGACUCUCUCGGCAUGCCUCUCAACAUGGUUCCUAAUUUUGAAGAUAUGAGCUGUGAGAUGAUAUUUGGUGAGGAACCUCCUUUACGAAUCCAUGACCCUGCAUUUACCCAGCCGUGCUUCAAACUAUGUAAAGCUUCUGAAUCUGGUCUAGAUUAA